GGGGGAUAGAAGUGGAGAGAAGGAGAGGGGGAUAGAAGAGAGAAAUGGAGAGAGAAGGACAAAAGGAGAGGGGGCCUGGGUGAGUUUCCAAGCCCAGGACGGUGAACCCUGAUCGGGGGUUAGACCAGGCCCCUGGAGUUCCUUUGGAGAGAUGAGGACCUCUGAGAAGACAGUGUUUAGACAGAGGUGAAAAUCAAAUGAAUCCUGACUAAUGGAUCCUGUGAUUACAACAUGGAUUGACCUUUUCUUCUUCUGAUCUGAAGGAAUAUUUCAGUUUUUUAUGUGGACGUUUUUCUGUGUGGAAAUGUGUCUAUUUUUUCUAAAUGAAUUUGAAGUUUCAAAUCUGUCUGGUGUGGAUUUUAAGGAGGCUGUUUAGUUGACUCUGUGGAUCUGAAACUGCCUCCACUCAUCUGAAGGGAUUUAAACAAUAACUAUUUUGGCCUUGGAUUUUUUUCACAUGUUGUGUUUUUUUCCUAUAUGUUUUUUUUCCCGUGCAGUAGUUGAGACUGCUUUGUAACCUUGGUAACCAAGCGGUAACCAGGCAUCAACUGAGCGGUAACCAUGGCAGCAGCCUAUCGCGUGGUAGUGAGCAGUGUUAGUUGCUACAGCAGCGUGGUGGUGGACCGUCGGGCUCAGAGUCACGCGGUGCACUACUGCUCCGGGUCAUGUGGGGCGCUGUCCCAGGGACUGGACUGUACUGUUGCCCAUCGCAGCACCUGCUCCGAGCUGCUGACCGCCCCCUCACACACAUUCACACACAACCUGACCCGAAACGCUAACUCUCCUCACCAAAUCCCCAACAGCUCUAAACUUAGUAUGACCGGCUGUAAUGGGGGUAGUGGUGUUCCAAAUGAUCCUAACAGUGUGUAUGGUGUGGUGGGGGAGGACAGUCCUCCAUGGCGAGGUAAGAAGGCCAACACUACCACCACUACUACCAGCUCUGGUCCUGACCGGCCUCUCCAGAGCUCUGCCAGUCUGAAGGACAUCACAGGAGAAGCCAUCAACCUGGCCAGUGGCAAACUCAAAGAGUUCUCCUUCGAGAAGCUCCGCCUCUCCACCAGUCACGUGACCUUCAGGAAAGGUCGCAAGGUCAGGCCGGACUCGUACAGCCGUCGGUCAACGGACCUCGACAUCGUCUACGGACACUUCACCGGGAACGUCGGAGGAACGGGGAAUGGGACUAUUACCGGAAAUGGAAACACCAAUGAUGAGAACCUGCCUCCUUUCAGCGACACCACCAAGGUGCUCAAAGGCCUAUCGCCUGCUAGCAUCACCGCUGGGGGCGAGUCUCUAUCCACAACCAGCCUAUCCAGUGUCUCCAGGGCUGGGGGCGGGUCCACCAGUAGCCUAUCCAGCGCCUGCUCUGGUUCCUUGGAGGCGGGGCUAAACACAGUGGCGUCUCUCUACCUCAGCUCAUUAGCCGACGAGUCCCUCAUCGCCCGGUUACUGGAGAAGACCCGUGCAGGGGAGGAGGGAGGAGUGGGAGGAGCAGGGGGGGAAGACAUACGGGCCUGUCUGGACAUUCUGGUCAAGUGUUCAGAGGACUUGAAGAAAUGUACUGACAUCAUCAAGCAGUGUAUCAGUAGGAAGAGUCCCGGGGGAGGGGAGGAUGGGGGAGCCAGUCCAGAGAGCAUCUACAGAGCUGUGAUGACCAGACUGAGCUCCUAUCUGAGGAAACUGCCUCUAGAGCUGGAGGGGGCUGGGUUAGGGUUAGGGGCUGGAGGUCAAGGGUCAGGGAUUGGAGGUCAUAGCGAGUUGGCCGAGCUGGUUAGUAGUCUCCAUAUGCUGCAGCAAGCUGCUGUCCCCUUCUCACCCAUAUUUGGGAAUGAUCAACCGCCACGGUAUGAGGACGUUGUUCAGAACCCUCCUUUACCCAAGAGCAGGGAUAUACUGCCACCCUCGUCACUCGCUCCAGACUCUUCUCUCUCUUUGUCCACUACGCCUGAGACAGCAGGGAGACAUAAGCUUCAGACCAACGGGAUGCAGCACACACACACUCUGUCACACACACACUCUCCCUCACCGCACACACACACGUUGUCUAUUUCUACCCCUCCAUCCCAGGCACACACACCUUCCUUGCAAACGCACACUCCGUCAGAGCGCACACACACUCCGUCCAUCUCCCCCAUGGAGGCUCUCUUCAUUGAAGAGGACGCAGACCUGGGAAGGGGGCUGAACAGGGCUUCCAGACACACACACUCACACACCCCGACCAGAAGCCUCACACACACUCACAGUCGGAACGGGACAGCUUUUAGUCCACACACACCACCCAGCUCCGCGCACACACACCUCAGCCCCAAUCUGUCACACGUACACGUUACACACACACUCCAGUCUGCUGGUGAAGACCUCACCUGCCCCCCAACCUCCGAACACACUCCUCCUGUCACUCAUAGAGACGACGACAUCGACAGGCUUCUGAUGGACUUGGAGUGUCUGUCGCAGAGCAUGGGUCGGGAGAGAGACCGAGUCAGAGAGGGAGAGAGAGAAAGAGAGGCGGAGCCCCCUCUCCCCGUUAAGACCAGACAGAGGGGGACAGGACAGGGGAACACCUCCCCACAAACCCAACCCUGUCUCCAGACACAAACCCAAAUCAACCCCCAGGCUCAAAGGUCUGUUCCUGUUAGCCACCUAACCGCUAACGCCCAGGCCAGGUCGACCCCCAGCUCGCCUGCUCCUCUUCCCCAGGCAGAGGGCAGCAUGGUGGGGCUGGGAGAUGAGGAGGAUGGGGCCCUGCUGCUGAGGAUCCUGGAGAGCAUUGAGAGCUUUGCCCAGGAGCUGGUGGACUCUGGGGGUAGUCCUGGGAACACUGGGAAGACUGGGGCUCAGAGCAAAGAGAAGGAGGUGAUGAGACUCCUACAGGACACUCUGGCUACUGCAGCCAAGACUGACACUCUGACGCAGGCCAAACUACCUGGAUCUCCACCCGCUGGGCAAGAUGGACCUGUACAUGUGUCUGCCUCCACACCAACACCUGCACCCAGACUUACAGAUGGACCUGUUCCUACGGCCCUACCUGUCUCUACAGCUCCCACACCUGUCCCUGCCCCUAUCCCCACAACCCUAGCAGAGUCUGUCUCUACAGCUCCCACACCUGUCCCUGCCCCUAUCCCCACAACCCUAGCAGAGUCUGUCUCUACAGCUCCCACACCUGUCCCUGCCCCUAUCCCCACAACCCUAGCAGAGUCUGUCUCUACAGCUCCCACACCUGUCCCUGCCCCUAUCCCCACAACACUAGCAGAGUCUGUCUCUACAGCUCCCACACCUGUCCCUGCCCCUAUCCCCACAACCCUAGCAGAGUCUGUCGCCACAGACCAAGCUACACCUUCUGCCCUACCCACACCUCUUCCACCAACUACAGUCGUACCUUCAGAAGCAGCCGCUGGACGUCAACAUCCACCUGUAGCUGACCUGACAGCUGUACUUACCACCACGGCCACCCCUCCACCCUCCCCUGUCCCGCCCCCUACACCCACACCUGGAGAGGCACCUGUUGCAACCAUCGCUGCUCCUCCUGUUGCCGUGAGACACCCGGUUGCCCCUAGCGAUGUGGUUGCCCUGAGAGACAUCGGCUCGACGCUGCUCAUCCAGCAGACGCCUGAGGUGAUCAGAGUCCAGUCCAACAAGCAAGAUAAGAAAUCUGCCACCCCUCCUCCAGCCCCUCUCUCCCCCCCCCUCCGUUCCUCCCCCCACCGCUCCCCCUCUCCUCCCCCCACUCCAGUCGUCCUCACCCCUCCUCCUCCUCCUCCCCCUGCCCUCAACAUUCCCCGCUUCUACUACCCUCGAGGGUUACCGGGGGCAACAAAAGUCAACCACGAUGCGGCCAUCACUGCCAUAGAGACAGCCUUCAUUGAGUUUGAGGAGGAGAAGGCUGAUAUUUACGAGAUGGGCAAGAUCGCUAAGGCAUGCGGCUGUCCUCUGUACUGGAAGGCAGCCAUGUUUAACGGAGCGGGAGGAGAGAGGACCGGAUUCGUCUCUGUUCACUCCUUCAUCGCUACCUGGAGAAAGUUGUUACAUAGUUGCUAUGACGAUUCGUCUAAGUUUAUCUACCUCCUAGCGAAGCCUGGCUGUUCCUACCUGGACCAGGAGGACUUUAUACCUUUAUUACAGGACAUAGUGGACACUCACCCAGGACUGACGUUCUUGAAGGAUGCCCCAGAAUUCCAUUCCCGUUACAUCACCACCGUGAUUCAGCGGAUAUUCUAUGUGGUCAACCGCUCGUGGACAGGUCGCAUCACCAUGACGGAACUACGCAGGAGCAACUUCCUGCAGACCCUGGCCCUGUUGGAAGAGGAGGAUGAUAUCAACCAGAUAACAGAUUAUUUCUCUUAUGAGCAUUUCUAUGUGAUCUACUGUAAGUUCUGGGAGUUGGACACGGACCAUGACCUUUACAUUGACCCUAAGGACCUGGCUCGUUACAACGACCACGCAUCUUCAAGCAGAAUCAUUGAGAGGUUGUUCUCAGGAGCCGUUACACGGGGUAGCUCAGUGCAGAGGGAAGGGAGGAUGAGUUAUGCAGAGUUCAGCUGGUUCCUCAUCUCAGAGGAAGACAAGAAAAACCCUACCAGUAUAGAGUACUGGUUCAGGUGUAUGGACACAGAUGGGGACGGUGUGUUGUCUAUGUUUGAGUUGGAGUACUUCUAUGAGGAGCAGUGUAGUAGGAUGGAGGGGAUGGGCAUUGAACCCCUACCCUUCACAGAUCUGCUCUGCCAGAUGCUAGACCUUGUCAAACCUGAAAGCCAAGGUAAGAUAACCCUGUCUGAUCUGAAGAGGUGUAGGAUGGCUCAUAUAUUCUUCGACACGUUCUUCAACCUGGAGAAAUACCUGGACCACGAGCAGAGAGACCCCUUCGCUUUGCAGAAGGACAUAGACAAUGAGUGCCCAGAGCCUUCAGACUGGGAUAAAUACGCUUCAGAGGAAUAUGAGAUCCUGGUGGCAGAAGAGACAGCUAAUGAACAGCUGCAGGAGGGGACAUUUGAUGAUGACUAUGAGGAGGCGGAGCUUCCUGUUCAAGGAGAGAUGGUUGGGAAUAAGAUGGAUAAGCUGCUCAUAUCAGAUCUGUCAGCAUGAAAUUCCCAAAGCCUGGAAUACCGCUCCCUUCUCCUUGGAUAUACAGGAGACAGGGGAGAGAGGAAGAAAUUAAGAAAAAGCUCAAGCGAUGGAGGACUCCAAACUCUCUCAGCUUCUCCUUUCAUACACAGACAGGGACAGAAGGGAUGGUGAGAAGACAGAGGGGGUGGACUGAAAACGAGAGAGAGGAUGGACUGAACGAGAGAGAGGAUGGACAGAACGAGAGAGAGGAUGGACAGAACGAGAGAGAGGAUGGACAGAACGAGAGAGAGGAUGGACAGAACGAGAGAGAGGAUGGACAGAACGAGAGAGAGGAUGGACAGAACGAGAGAGCACUCUGGCAGCUGUCCUCUCAGCCCUCUGUAGGAGAGAACAUGUUUUCCACUCUUUUAUCUUCAUUGGAGAUUGUGUGUGUGUGUGUUGUGUAUGCAUGUGUGUGUGUGUGUGUGUGUGUGUGUGUGUGUGUGUGUGUGUUUGUGUCAUCCCAAAGACUGUGUUUGGUGCAAUAAUGUGUCUUAACAUGUUUAUUAUGUAGAAGUAAGAAAAGCACAAAUCCUGAUGUGGAGAUACUUCCUGUAUGAUGUUUAUAAUUACUGCCAUAUGGAGAUUUUUCACUGACAAUCAACUACUAGACAAUCAGCUAAUCAAUCAAGUUGUUUUCAAAUGUGUCAAUUAACACACACACACACACACACACACACACACACUGUACAUACACACAGCUCUGUGCAAAACACCGCCAUCUUGUGGUCACUAGUUAUACUGCUGGCUGCUCUUAGAGACGCGUGACGUUUGGAAAAGGGAGCUGUUGGAACACGGCUGUCAGCGUUCUCUGUUUAUAACCUCAUUUUCAGUGUUCUAUUUCAGAAUGUUACUGUUAAGUAGUUUGAUAAGGCGGGCCAUUGUGUGUUUGAUUUAUUUAGAAUUAGUCAAAUGUUUAAUUCAGUUUGAGAUAAAACGCAUGUACUGUAUAUUCCCGUCCGUAUACGUUUCAAAGGAGUUCUCUCAUAGCAGAGGCUGCGUCACAAAUGGCAGUCUAUUCCUCAUAUAGUGCACUAUAACUGCUAGGGAGUAGAGUGCUAUUCUACAUUUGACCAGAAUCAACCACAGUGUACAUAGACUGAGCUGUAACAAACUAACUAUGAACUAACUAUCUCUCUGGCAGAGAUGUUACCGUAUAAACCAAAAUGGACAGGAAUGGAAUCUGCCAAAAUGGGCAGAAGUGACACACACACACACACACACACACACACACACACACACUUGCUAGCCACAAGGCGCGCUGUCGACACGUGGAACAGAGCUGUAAAGCUAACAGGCGUUUUCAUGUGUCACCUAAGGGGAUGUUCAAAUAGCAUGAUGUUAAAGAUGAAAAGAGUGGGCCUAACUAACUGCCAUCCUGUCAUUAUCCUCUUCAGCAUCAUGUAUUCUUUAGGUUGUCACUGGUGAAUGCUGGUGGUGUUUUAAAGCUGUGUUCAUGCGUGUGAGUGUGUUUCUUUAAGAGCGACAAUCUGUCCCUAUAUAUCCAUUGUAAAUGUGUAUUUAACUCUACAUAGUGUUGCCAUUGUGUACAGAUGAUGUAUCUGAUGCUUUGUGUGGCUGUGUGGCUCGACGGGGUUCAGUUAUGUGGCGUGUGACCCAAAUGCACAAGGAUGAUUGGUCGGAGGUCAUAGAGGGACACGCCCACCAGACAAUUGACUGUCAAUCAAUUUGUCAAUCACCUAUCAAUCAGUUUGAUAGUCUGAUUGAGUAAUAAGGAGCAUCUUGCUGUGACUGGAUUGGACACACUGGUAGCUCCUCCCUUUAGAGAGACUCAUGCUGCUGUAAAGACACACACACACACACACACACACACACACACGUUUAUGAGACACUGCUGUGUCUGACUCUAUGCAAACAAUCUGCUUUUUUGCUGACUGCCCUGGGAACACACACACAUCUGCUCUGUACUAGGUGCAGGGGGCAGGGUGAGAAGCCAUGAUGGAACUGCCUCCGACCGGAGACACUUCUGCCGCAAUGAGGACUUUUACUUUGAAAUGUAUGUCUGUUUUAAACAACUUUUACUUAGAUUUUUUUCCCCUUUCAUCUGAUGUUUUACUUCCAGGUUGAUGAGGCUUCAGUAGAUGUUCUUGUGUUCGCAUGGCUUCCUUCUUUCUAUCUUUCCUUUGUUUUCUUUUAAAAGUGAAUUCAAAUAAAGGCGAUUUAAGGUU